AAAUGAGAAUAUCACUUGCGCACAAUUUUCAAAAUAAGGGUGGUUUUGUUAGUUUUAAAGGGUGCCCCGCCCUUCUGUAUCAUUGAAUUCGAAGUUGAAUAUUUAAAAUUUUAAUGGUUUGGUCAAUAAACCAUGGGAGAUGCCCUUGAUUUUUGCGACAAAAUAGGAAAUAAUCUAUCAGAGCUAGGAAAAUGGAGAGUUUGGCAGAACAUAAUUCUGGGUCAGUUUCUGUCAUUGGUUCUCUGUGCUCUGAAUACACUAUCCCAUUACAUAAAUUCAACCAAAACCAGUGUUUUACCUACAGGCCAGUCGUUCCCACAUUACAUGUUUCUCUGUGCCAUUUAUACCAGCUGGUUAGCAUUUCGAAGAGGUGACAAGGGGUUAAUAUCAAUUAUAAAAGCAAGAGGCUGGCGAUAUCUUCUGCUGUGUGUUAUAGAUGUACAAGCUAACACUCUGAUGAGUACAGCACAUCAGUACACUACACUAACGAGUAUACAGCUACUUGGCUGCGUAGCUAUUCCUGUAGCACUAGCGUUGAGUUGUCUGGUACUUGGAGUUCGUUAUCGUAUGGUGCACAUCAUAGCUGUGUCGGUAUCUCUGAUGGGAGUUGGGUGCUUAGUUUGGGCCAAUAUUAAUGAUUCAAAGACUGAUGGUACAAAUCAGUUAGUAGGGGACAUGCUAUGCCUUGGCGGUGCAGUAUUGUUUGCUAUCGUGACUGUGCUACAGGAAUUGUCUGUGAAACACACAGAUAUUGUUGAAUAUUUGGGACUUCUUGGUCUUUUUGGUAGUAUCGUGAGUGGUUUACAAAUGUUGGUUUUGGAAAAGCAAACCCUGAUCUCCUCGACAUGGAGGAAUUCUAGCGCCCUGUUAAGUUCUUUUUCGGCAUGUCAAUUCAUGUUUUGUACAUUUUCUUCAGUAUUUUUACUGAAUAUGGGCACGACAGCCUUGCACUUGUCACUUCUCUCGGGAAAUUUUUAUACUCUCAUCGUAGGAAUAGUACUAUUUAACUAUAAGUUUCACGCCUUAUAUUUUUUAUCAUAUACCCUGGCGAUGACUGGAGUAUACAUUUAUGCAAUUAAGCAUACACCGGUGGCAUCUCGAAAUAUGCCUUCAGCUGGUGAACUCAACAACUCCACCAGAUCAGAGUGCCAACUUCCAGAACACAUGAUAACCGACAGUCCGGAGCACACCCCAAAUGAAAUACUUUCAGCGUUCGGCACCUUGAAUAGCAAUGACACCUUUCCCCUGAGUCACAGUACAAAUACAACCUUCACUUCGUUUUAUGGCAGUCACGAUGUACUCAAUACUCAUACAACUAGCGCCUAAGCAUUUUGUAGAUGACUUUUAAUGUAAGUUUCCCCAACGAAUUUUUUGUUUUCUGUGAUACAGAGAAACGAUUUCAAUUUCUCUACGAGCUGAAGUGUGAAUGAAGCGUUAGAAAAGCGCAGUGGAAAGAUUUUUAAUUCACAUCUAUCUGAAUUUCUGUAUUUGUUUUUUCAAGUAUGUGAGCCAUAAUUUUUAAAUUUAAAAGCAAUAUAGGAAACUUAAAAUAUCACACAUGUAAGAUUAUUAUAGUGCCAAAUUUACAGUACUUCAUAAAGUGACUUGCUACUCAACUCUUUGUAUAUUUCAGAUUACAAGAGUUUUCUCUACCAUUGAUAAAUUGUUUUUUUGAAUUCAUAUUUCACCCAAUUCUGGAAACCUACAAAUCUAAAUACAGAGGCCUACUUAUAUAUCGUUAUCAUGAAAUUUUGAAUUUUCUACAAUUUAUACUUUCCUCAAAAGAAAGAAGCACAGUAGGUUUUCUACUUUUAAUAAUUCACACUUCUGAAGUAGUUAUAGUGAACAAUACUGUUACAAUUCUGUAAUAUUUUACACUAGUACGAAUAUAAUAUUGUAUUACA